AGAGAGAGAGAGAGAGAGAGAGAGAGAGAGAGAGAGAGAGCAGCAGCAAGAGCACACAGCAACGACGGCGCUCUGAUUCAAAUCAGCCGCCGCGCGCCGUGCGCCAAUCGCCGCGCGACACCACGGUGGUUGUUGUCGCGCGCCCGCCAAUCGUCCGUGAUGCUGCACGUGAGGCGCGUCGCGACAUCGGGCCUUCUCGCCGAAGCACCGCCGUUCGCUGUCUGGCUAAGCCGCGGCGUCGCUGCGCCGGCCGCUGGGACGUCCCGACGCGCGGUGGGCGACCGCGCCAUCAACCGCGGCGAGGUGUCGCGCGAGGUGAUGCGCCAGAAUUACCUACGAGUGCUCGACAAGUGCAAGUCGAAGAAGCUUCCGCAGGAUGUGAACCCGAAGGGUGUCUUCGCAUGCAACGAGCUCGACUUGAAAGAGGUCCAAGUCUAUGGAUUCGAUUACGAUUACACGCUGGCGUGCUACAAGCCGUCCAUGGACCACUUGCUCUACAGCCUGGGACGCGAUAUGCUCAUCAAGAAGUACAAGUACCCGGAGGGAAUUGCCAAUCUGGAGUACAGAGAAAAUUUCGCCGUCCGCGGCCUCCAUUACGACAUCGAAAAGGGUCUUCUCCUGAAGCUCGACAGCUUCUUGCAAAUUCAAUUUGGCACCGUUUACCGUGGUUUACAUCAGGUGCCCGACGACGAGGUCCUCCGGAUCUAUAAAAAUAGGAUAAUACCGAUAGCCUACGUGGAAGCACCGCAUAAACACUCUCACAAGGACGCUCUGCAUCGCACAAAAAUGGUCCAAUUGGCCGAUCUAUUCUCUGUGCCAGAGAUGGUCCUAUUGUGCAACGUCACGGAGUAUUUCCUGCGCAAUCACAUCGAUUAUCACCCGGAGAUACUGUUUAGGGACGUCAAGAAUUCCGUGCAAAGCUGCCACCCUAUAAUGCACCAACUAGUCGUGGAAAAUGUAUCGGAGUACCUGGAGCAGAAUAAAGACCUGAAGCGAUUUUUCAAGCGGCUGCAAAAGGCGAAGAAGAAUAUGUUCCUGGUCACAAACAGUCCUUUCCACUUUGUCGACAAGGGUAUGCAGUUUCUGGUGGGCGAGAACUGGAAGGACUACUUCGACGUGGUGAUCGUACAAGCGAGGAAACCGAGAUUCUUCACCGAGGAGUCGCGCCCGCUGAGGAUCUACGAUGAAGUCAAGCAAACGCAACUCUGGGAUCGCGUUACCAGGCUCGACAAGGGCGUCAUAUAUCUUGAAGGCACGGUCAAGCAGUUGCAGGAUAUGACCGGAUGGCGGGGACAUCAGGUAUUAUACUUUGGCGAUCACCCAUACAGCGACUUGGCGGACGUGACCUUGGAACACGGCUGGCGAACGGGGGCGAUAAUCAAGGAAUUAACGCACGAGAUCGAAACUUUGAACGACCCGAAGUUCAAAGAGAACGCGAACUGGCUUCAGAUGUUAACCGGCCUGAUCGAGGAGCAUCAGGAUUACGAAGGGCCUGAAGUGCAGAACGUGCUGGACGAAUGGAUGGAGGAGCGGGAUCAACUGCGAAACGAGAUCAAGUCGGUCUUCAACAAGCAGUUCGGCUCGGUGUUCAGAACGUACCACAACCCGACUUAUUUCUCCCGGAGGCUCUUCCGAUUCGCCGACAUCUACAUGAGCACGAUCACGAAUCUCUUGGAAUAUUCCACCAGUCACACCUUUUAUCCCAGACGGGGAGUGAUGCCGCACGAGUACACCAGUUACUUCGUGUGAGCGUCCUCGAGAUUUUUCUCGAAGUUGUCAAUCUUCGUUGCCGCCGUUUGCGUAAGUAGCGAGCGUCUUUAGAACGUGCAAUAAAAAUAGCCCGUAUUAUUAUGCCAGCGAUAGCAAGCCGAUAGCAAGCAGUAUUCCCGGUCGCGAGCGAAGUCCGAUACCUUCGCAACGUGGAAGGUCGCGACUCGCUGAAAAUACGCCAUGGCUUUCUUCUUCUACUCCACGUUCCGCCUUAUUACCAGCUACGCACGCGUAAUUACACGUAUAUGGCAUGUAAAUCUAUAUCGAUGAAUGUUAAUGCGCUUUUACAGCCGCGCAGGUACAGCUAAUUUGCAUUGAAAUGCAUGUAAAAUCGGUCGGGGCGUACGUAUCACACGAGAGCUCUUACAUCAUUAUUACCAUGACAAUAGCCGUAUUAUGUAAAGCGAAAUGAUAUGUAUAUCAUGUUGUAGCGAGUAAAACGCGCGUAGAACAGGAAACCGUGUAAAAGUUCAACAACUGUGUACAAAGUGUGUACAAAGUGUGUUAUAUUGGGAGACUCGUUAAAUAUUCAAAGAUAUUCUGUAUAAUGGUUAACGGAGAGUUUAUUUUUAGCGAAUUAUACAACAAAGAGAUAUUCAUGUGUGCGGAGCGAAAUGCCAGUUAUCACCAGUAGAAAAAGUGCCGAUCCGGAUCGCGCUGGUGUUUGAUUACUUUUUGCUGAGAGAUUUACGCUCGUUAUUAACGCAUGAUGAAUUCGAAAUGUGACUUCCUCGCAAAUUUACGAGUAGUGCGUGUCUCUGCGUAAAUGAAGUAUGCGAAUGCAAGUAUCUCGUCAUUAAUUGUCUGACUGAAGUCUACAUAAACUAACUGAAGAAGUCGAGCAAUUAUUUUGUUCGAUUUCCUACGUCGUUAUUAAUUUUUUCUUUUUCUUGUAUUAUUCUUUGCUGAAUUUUGUCGUUUCCGGUAUGAUAUUGUGUAUUCUUUAUCUUAAAGUUGAAGGUAUACGAGUGAAUUUUUAGUUAUAGGAGGUUCAUAAACGUGUUCAUGAAAACAUAAAGUUGCAUAACUUAAAGUGAA